UUCUAUAUAUCCAUCGAAAGGCAAAAGUAAAGCAAGCUAUGGGCAAUGGAACCUCUUCAGCAAACCCUUAAUCAAAAUCUUUCAUAUCCGAUUCCUAAUUCCCUCUGAAUCUUCUCUCACUUUCACUUUUCCAACAACUUUUGGAGUUACCGAAAGAUCCCUUUUCUUUGGGUUUAAUAAAAGCUUAUCAUGGCUGUUAUUUCACUAAAUUCACUGCCCAUCGGAAUCCGAUUCCGACCAACUGACGAGGAGUUGAUCGAUUGUUACUUGCGGUCCAAGAUAAACGGAGAAAGGGACGAUGAGGUCAAAGUGAUUCGCGAAAUCGAUGUCUGUAAAUGCGAGCCAUGGGAUUUGCCUGAUUUGUCUGUUAUAAAGAGUCGGGACCCGGAGUGGUUCUUCUUUUGCCCGAUCGACCGGAAAUAUCCGAACGGAAAUAGACUCAACCGGGCUACCGGUGCUGGUUACUGGAAGGCUACGGGUAAGGAUCGGAAGAUAAAGUCCGGGUCUAGCUUGAUCGGCAUGAAGAAAACUCUGGUGUUUUACACCGGCCGGGCUCCCAAGGGAAAGCGCACCAAUUGGGUUAUGCACGAGUAUCGUACUACCCUCGAUGAGCUCGACGGCACGAAGCCCGGACAGAAUCCUUUUGUAAUUUGUCGUCUAUUCAAAAAACAAGACGAGACCAUCGAAGAUACUAGUGGCAACUUCGUUGAUCCCGGCACAUCGUCCCACACCGAGGACGUGCAAUCGGAGUUUGAUAUGCCUCGAGACAAGCCUGUGAUGGAAGUGAAAGCCGAAAAAGUUCCCGAUAGCAGUGAAACUUGUCUUGAAGGUUUAGAUAACAAAAUGAUGUACCAUUUAGGAGGUCAACUGGUAGAAAUGGCACCUGCAGAGGUGGAUGUACUUGGAGAAGCUUUGAAUCAUUUUUAUGAUCCGAUGAUGGAGCCACUGGAUUGGAAACUCUUUUCUCCGUUGCAUUCGCAGAUCGAAGCAGAGGGGGCUCCUUGGAUGUUAGAUCAUGUAGGGAACGAUUUCAGUGGGGUGGAGUUCGAGUAUGGCUCAAAUGAGAAUGAUGCCUAUAGUUCCCACUUCAUGCAUUCUACACCAAAAAUUUCAGAUGACUACUACAGCGGCGAUUGGGGCUGUCAAAAGAAUUCAAUUAUCGAAAGAGUGAUUCCCAACCCCCUGGCUUUUGGUAUGGAUGGUGGAUCAUAUUGCAAAUCCGAUCCUGAUGUGGUUCGAGUAAUGCACGGGACUAGCAAUGAUGACAGAGGAGUUCCUCUAGAGGUUAAAGCAACGGCACAUGAUAUUGAACUCUCUUGUGAUGGGGCAUUCUAUAAUGUGCUAAAUAGCAAUGGCGAAUCGAGCAAUCAUGUGAACGCAACAUGUAAUAUUGAUACUGCACCUAUAGCUGGAAUCAAGAUUCGAUCCCGCACUCGUCGAAGUCAACCAAACAUCGAGAACUCCGUUACACAGGGGACUGCAUCAAGAAGAUUUAAACUUCAAAUCCAUCCUCGCUCCGAAGAGAAGGAAGAUGAUCCGAAACCCAUUGUCACAAAGGACGUAAAAGAUGUUGUCGACAAUGCUCCUCGUGGGACCGUCAUGGUGGAUGAACCCGAGGAAAUAUCCAUUUCCGAGUCGAGCAGAAACAAUGUCUCAAGGUUAAAGAGCAAGAUCCCAGUUCAUGAAAAGGUUCCGUAUCGAUGGUUAAAGAGGUUUUCAGCUCGGCCGCGGCAGAAGUCAUUUAGCAUUAUUAUGUUUCUUGUUUUUGCUGUGAUGCUAGUCUUGUUUAUAGCUUUUGUUAGCACAUUGAAUGUGUUGUAAUUUGAUACCAUCUUUAUAUUAAAUUCUAGUUAUUAAACUAUUGAUCAUUCCAA